UCGGGGAGAGCAGAAGAAAGCAUGGAACAAGAAGGAGAAGGAGGAGAAGACACGAACAAGAAGGAGAAGCAGAAGCAGUUAGUGGGAGAUGCAAAAGCAGCACAAGUAGCAGUGGCAGUGAAGUGUCCAAGGUGUGAUUCCAUGAACACCAAAUUCUGUUACUACAACAACUACAGCUUGUCGCAGCCUCGCUACUUCUGCAAAGCUUGCAAAAGGUACUGGACCCAUGGCGGAGCCUUGAGGAACGUUCCCGUUGGUGGCGGUUCUCGCAAGCCCAAGCGUGCCAAGCUUGCUGGUAAUCAUUUCUCAGAAGCUACGGUUGUGGGGGUUCCUGCUCCUUCUUCUGUUUCUUCUGUCACUCCAUUUUUCCAAAGUGGUGCUGGUGGGUUUCUGUCUUCUUCGUCUCUUGGUGGUUCUGGUUUUAACAAUGUGGAUUCCCAUAAUUUCUUUGAUCAAAUGAUGAUGGGCGGUGCAGAUGAACAACAAGGAUUCAUGAUGAAUGAGAAUAGGGCCCUUCCUCUCAUGAACCCUGAUGGAUCUAUGUGGAGUACUUUGAUGACCACCACCACUCACAUCAACAAUAACAAUUCAAGUGGUGCUUCAUCUUCUGCUUCUUCUGCUUCUGAUGCUGCUGCUGCUUUGAUGCUGAAUCAGUGGCCUAGCACUGUCACAGGGUUUCCCCCUCCUCCUCCAUCGUCUUUUUGAGCUCUAUCUCCAUGACUAGCUUUAUUUGUUUCUUGUUUAAUUUCGGUUUUAACAACCGUUUUUAGC